AAAAAAGAGAGAAGAGACAUGUCCAUCUGGCUAGAAGUUCUAGAGCCUUGUACAGAGAGGCAGCAGGCAGCAAAGACACUGGAAUCACAAAGGACAAAUAUGAACUGGUCACGAAACCUACAGAGAAGAAAAGAGAAGCUCUGCUGCUGGCCACUCUGGAGGAGCUGAGCACAGACGAGCUGAAGAUAUUUCAGCAGGAACUGACUCCAAGCAAACAGCUUCCACCUUACCUGACUGGCUUUCCUCCCAUCCCAGAGAGUCAGCUGGAGAACGCUGACAGACAGGUCACAGUGGAUCAGAUGGUGAAGAGAUACGGCCCUGAGGGAGCUGUGGAGAUCACACUGAAGAUUCUGAGGAGGAUGAACCGGGAAGAUCUGGCAGAGAAGUUUGGGAGAUAUCACAGUAGAGGAAAGAAAAGGAGAACAAUUAAGGAACCAUCCUGGCCUGGUCUAGUUUCUAGGGGCAAAAAGAUUAAGGAUUGUGUCCCACUGACUGGCAGAGCCCCAUUCUUCAUCAAACAUAAGAAAAUCCCCAAACCUGGAGAUGGACUUUUUAACCAUCCUGGAGAGACCACUGGAGAUGGCUAACAGUCUCAACACAGAGGUAUCUGUGAACACCCAGGAGAACACCCAGGAGAACACCCAGGAGAACACCCAGGAGAACACCCAGGAGAACACCCAGGAGAACACCCAGGAGAACACCCAGGAGAACACCCAGGAGAACACCCAGGAGAACACCCAGGAGAACACCCAGGAGAACACCCAGGAGAACACCCAGGAGAACACCCAGGAGAACACCCAGGAGAACAUCCAGGAGAACACCCAGGAGAACACCCAGAGGAUGGAUGAGGAGUUGGGAAGAGAAAGGGAUUCUCCUCUCUUCCUGGAUCACCAUCACAUGAGUUCUCCAGAUGAAUUUACACCGGAAAUCCAUGAUCAGGACAACAGGGGAGAGUACCGAUUCCAGUGCCCACGUGCAGGUCUGUUCCAGUGCAGUAUAACAGGCCUGGUGUUUAGGAUGGAGGGAGAGGGAGAGGUGCUCUAUAGGACAGUCCCCUGGGACUGGAGGCUUCUAUCCCAGAAUGGCAAGAGACCUGCAGGACCCCUGUUCAAGUUUACAUGCCUUAAGGGGUCUGUCUGUCAACUACACCUCCCACACUGUGAGAUCUACAAUAGUGGUGGAUGUGACUUCCUGUCUGUAGCCCAUGUGGCUGAUGACAACAUGGAUUUUAUCUGUCCACAUAAGAUAACAGAAACACACAUCAUAAUAAACAUCAGUGGAUUCUCUGCUUAUGGUGAAGUCAAGGAUGAAGACUCACCCACCGUUCCUAUAAGGGCACUUGUCUUGUUGUUCUACAAACCCCCAGUUGUUCCUAAAAAGAGAUCCAUCCUGAAUGUGUUGUUGCUUCCCAGAAAUGCUGUGAUCAGGGAGGUGCAGGAGGAGUGGAAAAGAAGGAAUGGAGACAAAUACAUCUAUAUUGAAACAAAUUCUCACUGCCAACUAACUCCCAACCAAAAAUACAACUUCUCCACAAAUCUUACAGAUGAUUAUCUAAUUCAACCAAAGGAUGCAGAAUUUGUGGAUUUUGAAUCCUAUGAAAAUUACAUUCCAACAUUCCAGUUGUUCAUACAAACUGUUGUUGAGCAAGUUAAUCUUCUUCUGAAAGAAAAUGGUGGUGAAGAAUCUGUCUGGGACAGACAUGUCUGGCUUCCAGCCUCACCAACAGAUGUCACCUCUACAGUUUCAGCUGUUUCCCCAGCAGCCACUCCUGCCAACACCUCUACCCCCCCUGGCAGUAUCUUCAUCAGAAGACACAGGAUUGCUCUAGAGACUCGCCUGGGAAUCUUACAGCCUAUAUGCCUGCGUCUCCAGGUUUGUGGGGUUCUGAUUGACGAAGAAAGGGAGGAGGUCAGCAGAUACACCAAGAUCCUACAGAACCAAGCCUUACUGGAUAUGGUGGUGAGGAAGGGGGCUCGCGCCCAGGAACACUUCUACCAGGUCCUGAAGGAAGUAGAUCCCUGCCUGGUCAAAGACCUGGAAGAGCAGACAGUCUGAGACAGGUAGCCAUGGAUACAACGACAUCAGGAGAUAUAAUAUCACUAUACUACUACAUGAUCUGAGAGAGACAUACAGACUGAGACAGGUAGCCAUGGAUACCACCUCACAACCUCAGAAGAUAUCAAAACAUUUAUCAGAGACAGAGAGCAGUACUUUGAGGAGGAGCCAUCCUGACCAGAGGUCGUUGGUGUGUAACGUGAUUGGACACCAUUCUCACCAUCACUCCCAUCAGUCUGUAGUUUACUUUACAAGCCCCAGAUCUGAGGCAAGGUGACAUCACUGUGAGGCUACUGUCUACCAGACAAGUACUCUGGUACACUGGCUGCAGACUACAAGAUCAGGGACUAUUUUUUAUUAUAA